AUGCUGGGCUAUUACUUCUGUGUGAAGAAGGCACUUUGGGUGUUACUUAUUGAUGACGCCAAUGGUAAACAAAUAUGGAUGGUUUUACAAAAGGAACGAGGAUUGAAGAGAUUUCGACAGGAUGGUUGGGAGUCUGUUUACCUGGCUACAGAAAGGAUUCCCUUGGCAUACGAAGCUGCUGCAUUAGAGAUUCAUUUGAUUCAAUAA